GGACUGCGCAGACUUCGCACGAACACGAAAAUGUGAGGGCUGCCAGAAGUUCCAAACAAACCCAGCCAGGCCUGCUACCAUGUAUAUCCCCCAUCAGCACAGCGAUCCCCUUCUCAAGGUUGGGAAGAGAUCUCAUGGGUCACCUCGCAUAGGGCUCAGGAGGUCGGAAAUUCGUAAUAGUUGAGGUUAUUACUUUACUAAAUGGGUUGAGGUGGAAGACUCUGAAGUAUAAGUGAGAACUCUUUCCAGCCGGAGUCGUAACAACUAAUAACUGAAGGCUGAAGUCAGAACCAGCAACAGACAGAGGUGGGCGUGAGGCGGAGUCUGCAUUGGAUUGAGUACUAGAAGGGGAAAAGAUCAGUAAGCCAUGAAAAGAGGAAGAAAGAAUUUGAAAAGAGCUGUAAAUGAUAAAUUUGCAACUCUUCAACAGGGAGAAAGCAUUAUGCAAGUAGUUGACCUACGUGGCUCCAAUCAGAUUGAGGUAAUGGAUGCGAAGGGUGAAAAGUCAAUAGCAAUCUUCCCAGCUAAAUUUCAAAAGAGCAUGUGGAUUAAAAGAGGGAACUUUGUUGUGGUUGACGAGAGUGGGAGAGAAGAGGCAAUGGGGUCUGGUAGAAAAGUGGGGUGCACUGUUACACAAGUCCUCUUCUAUGACCAAGUUCGUGAGUGUCAAAAGUCCCCAGACUGGCCAGAUAUCUUCAGAUCUGCAGCAAUAGAACCUCCAAUGCAAGGUUUGGAAAAGCACACGCCUCAGACAUGUGAUGUUGAAAACUCUAGUAGUGAUGAUGAUGGACUUCCUCCAUUAGAAGCCAACACCAAUAGAUUAAAACCUUUCCAAGGUGAGUCAGAUAUAGAGUUGGAUUCUGAGACUGAUUCUUGAUUCACACUUCUAGUAAGUGUAAGUUUUGGGCUUGUGAUUCUUUAGUAAGUUUUGGGCUUGAUGCUCUAGUAAAUCUGCCUUUGCAUUUAUAGGACCUCACUUUUACCUUUUUCGUUACUGAAGUAACAAAGUGUUUUUUUGGAUUGAAGGGGGGAGGGGAAUGUGAAAGGAGUGUGCCUCCUCAUCUUUACUUUUAUUUGGCAUGUGGGAAAGCCAGAAACUUAAUGUCAAGG